AAUCACUUUAAUAAAUCCAAUUUAAAUAUAUCACGUCUAACAAAAAGUAAAAAUCGAUCAAUGAAAGCGUGUGAAGGAAAAGCUGCACAUCGUUUUAAACGUAUCAUUGAUGACAUAGAUUAUGAUAAUAUCGAUGAAUUAGAAAGCCCCAAUAUUGAUGAAUUAAAAGGUACCGAUAUCAAUAAUUCUUUCAAUGAUUGCUAUAAUGGGUCAACGGAAAAUAAUAAUGCUGUAAAUAUUGUAACAAGACUUCAAGAAGUAUCAAAAAAAUAUCACAAAGAACAUGCCUCUCACAAAGUACGUAAAUCCCUUUACAUAGGAAACUCAAGCUGCACUACAAGAAGAAAGAAUCAUCAACAGUGUGAAGUAGCAAAGGGAACUUUUACAUUGCAUACCUUUUGGAAUACUAAAGAAUCUACUGAGGAAAUUAAUAAUGAUGAUGAUGACCUGUUGGAUGAUGAAAUCGAGAAUUGUAAUUGGAAUAAUGAAAUCUCAACUGUUCUUGAAAAUCUAGACAAAGUUAUCACCAAUGCAGCAGGAAAAGGACAUAAAUGGAAUGUUACUCCACAGAUACUGAUGAUACAGAUAAAUGAAGUUAUUUUACCAGGACUUGAAUUUGUGCCAUCUCCAACAAUCCAUAUCAAUACUGCAAGAAAUUAUUUGAAGGAGCUUGGAUAUUCUUAUGAAAAG